AUGUUCGACAACGGCUUGGAGAUGAGCUGUUCUUGUCAAAAAUUUGACUUGGUGAAAAUAUCGUGCGAACACGCGAUGGCAGCUUUGCGAGCAAAGUACGGCGAUGGCGAAGAUUAUGGUAAAUCCAUCUACGACUACUCUUCGCCAAUUUAUAAAGCUGAAAGUUACCUCCUCGUAUACUCGGAAGCAAUUAACAUGGUUCCUCCGGAGGCUGAAUGGACUGUGCCACAGGAAUCGGUAGACAUUAAAAUUUCUCCACCCCUGUACGAUCCCAAACUCGAAAGGAAGAAAGUCAAACGCACUAAGGGCGUCGGUGAUACAUUCAAGUCCAAAAGGAGGAAUAG